CCAAAACAAACCUUGCUAUUUCGUUUUGAGAAUUAUUAAUUGUUGAUCCAGAGCUGCAAUGAAUCGUUUUGCAUAUGUCGAGGCGCGUCUUCAUGAAAACGAAACGUUCGUCAGUCGCGAUCGCAAUGUCAAAAUCUACGAUGGGGACCAAAAGACGGAGUUCGAGGAGGGCGAGAUUGUGUUGACCACACAUCGCUUGUUUUGGGGGCGUCCUGGCGAAAUUGCUCGCGCCGCCAUCACACUCUGCCUGCCACUCAGCUAUGUGAUAUCGCUCAGCGAAGAAACUGCCAGUUCCAACUUCUUUGGCCGCAAAACUCGCAUCAUAAUGCAUUUGCGUCCGCCUCUGCCUGAUAAAGCGCCUGGUCCACUGGAGUCCAGCCGUGCCACCCACAUUAAACUUUCUGGAAAGAAUGGCAUGAGCGUUGAGUUUCACAGCGCACUUCGCGAGACUAUAAAUGCUCGCAUCUGGGAAAUAUCAUUGGUCAGCGAGACCAUCAUUAAUGGGGCAAACACUGGUACAACAUCGCCAAUGUCCGACAGCAACGAUAGGUUGGCGCGUAUACAAAAACGGACCGGCAUUGGCGGCAUAGAGCGCUCGAUUGAAGCGAAGGCCAGGGAAACGGACGAAAAUAUUGCCCUGGCAUUUCAGGAUCUCAGCGUGCUAAUGGCCAUGGCCAAAGAUAUGGUGGGCCUGUCUAAAACCAUCAGUAACAAAAUACGUGAACAAAAGGGCGAAAUAUCCGACGACGAAACAGUGCGCUUUAAAUCCUAUUUACUAAGCCUAGGCAUUGACGAUCCUGUAACUCGUGAUAACUUUAGCAGCAACACCGCAUACUUCAACAGCUUGGCACAACAAAUAUGUGAGAUGUUGCUCGAUCCAAUUGAGGAACACGGCGGCAUGAUGUCCCUUGCCGAUGUCUAUUGUCGCGUGAAUCGCGCUCGUGGUCUUGAAUUGCUUUCGCCGGAGGACUUGUUGCACGCGUGUGAGCAGUUAAAUGGUCCCAUACGGUUGCGUAGCUUUCCUAGCGGCGCCAGAGUUUUGCAGCUAGAGUCCCACGACGAUGCACUGAUAGCAGUGGACACGCUGGAAAAGGUCCAAGCAGCUGAGUCUUUAGCCGUGGAAGAGCUAGCCAAGCAAUUGGGGAUAUCGCUGCUGCUGGCCAAAGAAAGAUUGCUGGUGGCCGAACGCCUGGGCAAGGUGUGUCGCGAUGAGUCCGUGGAGGGCUUGCGAUUUUAUGCAAAUUUGUUGCUCCAACGGGCAAUGGACUAACUAUGUGAAUAUUUAAAAUAGUAUUUGUAAAGCUUUUUAUCACCUUGUCAUAGUUUCACGAUUUAAUAAAAACCGAAAGUUAUGCUUUAUUGCGUUGGCAUAGCUUAUCGCUUAAAUAGCAACAGGAA